AUGAACAACCUCAACUGGAGUACCUUGAAGUCCAUAUCCACAAAUAUCUCUGAGCCUGCCCUGACCUUCGAUUCAGUCGUUGUGGGAGCGAAAGAGAGUCUAAGAGAUGAGAGGCUUUCUCAGGCUCUCAGCGCAAUCUUGCGAAGAUUGACUGUACUUGCGCUGCUAUGCCAGGCGAAGGAAGUGUCUGGUCCUGUGACGGUCGUGGUUGUCUCGUCGAGGAGAAUCAUGUCACUGAGGCCUCCGAUAGUGCCUCAAAGAUGUGGUUUUGGGAGCCCGCGCGCUGCACUGAACAGUAGGCUUAUCAGCCAGAUCAACAUCGACGUCCUUCGUUAUCUUCUGAGCGCGAAGAGGCAGAAGUACGAACACGUUGUCGAGCUGCCAGAUGGACUCCUCUUGUAUGUGUCACUUAUCCUCCAAUACGGCCAGGAGCGUGAAUGCAUGAAACGAUUCCAGUCCUUAUUGUCAGUCAUAGCCUGGGACGAGCCUGUCGGGGGUGGUCCUGCAGGUCUCGUUUUAGCUAUCGCCUUGCGUCGCUACGGGAUACAUGUGAGGCUUAUCGAGCGCAGGAGAGAGUUCCAUAUGGGAGCCAGAGGGACGGUUAGCCAGCCUCGAACCCUUGAAGUAUUUGCGUUCCUGGGAUUCAUUCGUGAGGUGCUAGAUGUGGCUACUCCUCCAUUAAGGAUGGCUAUCCAUGGCGCCCGCCUGGAUGACCCAAUUAACAUGAUCGAUUGGGCUGAGAUAGCCGAAGCUGCUCCUGACAUUCCAUAUUCGAAACCCGCGCCGAUCAGUCAAGGCAUUCUAGAGUGCAUCCUUCGCAAGCACCUUUCACUCCUGGGCGUGGAAGUCGAGACGGGUACAGAGCUUAUCUCCGUAGAACAGUGUAAGCACACCGCCCUCGCGCACGUCCACGUCACCAGGGACGAAAAUGUGGUGGCAAAAAGCAUCACAUGCCGAUAUCUAAUUGGCGCUGACGGUGCAAAGGGACGGACUCGGAAGCUGUUAGGCAUCAGCUUCUUAGGUGAAACCCAAGAAUCAGAGCGACUUUUCACCGGGAACGCAGAUAUUCCUGGCCUUGAUCGGAAUUAUUGGCAUCGCUGGGGCUCAUUCGAUUCGAUAGCGUCCGGUUACCUUAGCUUCUUCUGCAAGCCGCUCCAUCCCUCCCCUAUGUUCCGCAUUCAUGCAAUCGGCCCAGAACUCCCCGAUCCAGUUCCCACUGAUCCUAAGGGCAUGCAAGCCCUUUUCAAUCGAGUGAGCAAUAGAUCGGACAUCGAGUUCACCGACGUCAGCUGGGUAACUGAGUGGCGGACGAAUAUUCGUAUGGCAGAGAAAUUCCAAGUCGGACGGGUAUUCUUGGUAGGAGGUGCUACGCCGCACAUUGCCAUUCUCCAGCAGGGGGGCAAGGACUCAAUACUGCGAUUAUGGACUCGGUAUGAUCUCUAUAUAUCCACUGUCCAGAGAGGGAAGGAGAUACCGAUGCUCUUGCAGUUUAAUCUGGGAUGGAAACUCGCAUAUGUGCUGAAGGGCCUCGCUCGUGAAACUCUUCUGCAAUCGUAUACCUCCGAACGCCUUCCGGUGAUAGCGAAGAUGCUCAACCUGACCAACUCUCUGCAUGCUCUGGAAUUUAAUCGACCAAUCGAUGAUGCGUCGCGAGCAAGGCAGGACCCAAUGUACAGACCGAAGAAUCUGCUGCAGUUGGGGGUUAACUACCGAUGGAGCGGCAUCGUCCUGGACGAACGGCACCCCGGUUUUGACCCACGGAAUGGCAUUCAGGGCGCAUACGAUGCAACACGAGGCGAGCUUACGGCCGGCGACAGGGCUCCUGACGCGCGAGAACUACAGGAGUUGGGCGCUUCGUUGUUCACAGAUACAAACACCAGAGGCGAUACCGGCGGCUCCGUAACCCUGUUCGAAAUCUUUGGACGGACUGCUGGCAAGGGGAUGCAUGUCAUUCUUGUCUUCCCGCCCUUGUUUACAAUUCCCUCUCUGGACGCAGCUCAAGACAUCUUUGAACCGUACGAAUGUACGGGACAAGCGUCGGCUUAUUAUAUUCUGCUGCGAGCUUCUUCCAUGACCCUUGAUCCGUGGCGAAGAGGAAGCGGUAAGAUAUACGUGGACUCCAAAGGUCAUGCUUACUCGGCGUACCGUCAUGGCGUCUCAGAUUCGGACAGCGUCUACGUGAUAGUGCGUCCAGAUGGCAUUGCAGGAGCGUUUCUCUUGAACCUGGAGGGGGUAGCGGACUACUUCGAGCUGAUGAUUGGAUAA